AUGAUUUGGAAGGACUUCUUCUCUUCCCGGGCAAAUCUCAAGCGUAUCUUUCUCUGCUUCGCCACGGCAGUAUCCAGCCAGAGCUCCGGCAACUUACUUGUCUCGAACUAUCUCACAAAGAUUUUCAAGGACACAGGCUUGAAGACACAGUACGAAAUCACCCUCAUGAAUGGAAUACAAUACCUCGAACACAAUUCAUUGGCAGCCGCUCGGAUUGUGGUUGCGUGUAUCUUCUUCUUCCAGGCCUUUUAUACGUUUGCCUGGACGAACCUUAUUGUCACGUACCACCUCGAGGUUGUUACUCUCCAGACGCGGGCCAAGGCGUGGGCUUUCGUCUUGUUCACGAUUCAAGUGGCUUCCAUCUUUGGUAGCUACGUCAAACCUAUUGGAUUGAAGAAUAUUGGGUGGAAGUUUUACAUCUAUUACUCUGGUCCUACCCUUGAGGAGCUAGCGUAUCUGUUUGACGGGGAAGAUACGAAGCGCAUGACGGUUGAAAAGAUUGAAGAGCAAAAGGAGCAGAUUCAAUACGAGGAACAUGUAGAGAGCAAGUUUGCGUGA